CGACGAAGGUGUACAUCGAUCGGAAUGAAUUCUCGGUCUAGCCUGGAGAAGCCGGGGAACCCUCAGCAGGCCGCGCUCGGUGAUUUGAAGUCGCUGUUGGGUGCUGUCGUGCGGAAACCUCGCGGGGACGCCCAUGGCAUCGCAGUUGACCAUCCAGCUGUGGCGGAGGCCAAACGUCGCGCCCUACAGAAAGGUGGCCCCUUCGACCAUUUCCCUCUACCUUCACCGUCCCAGACGGACCGAGAGCUGUUGGAAAAAGGAGCGGAACAGUGCCACUUCACCUCCGCCAUUCUUCGCGGUAUCAAUCACGAAGAUGGGCGUGAGGCAGGCACUCCCUAUCUUACGGAUGGAGACGGCAACUGCUUGUUGAACGCCGUGGCCAUGCUGCUCGUGAAGAAGCAACCACGUGGGGUCAGGAACGCCGUGAAGACGAUGGCAGCUCAGCUCCGGCUGGGGAUUGUCGUGGAAGGCUUGCGCAACAUCGAGGUGGUGUUCGACCUGAAGUGGUGUGGCUGGGUGGUGGACGCAAUGCCGGAGAACCGUUGGCGAAUGGCGUCGCGUGACUGCGCACGGCUGGUGUUCUUAGGAUGUCUGCACCACAUCNAA